CAUACUUGCAUCGUAGCUGCAUGGUGGCUGUGUAAGCUCCCGUGUCCUUUAGGUGUAAUCGCCGUUUUUAUUUUCCUCUUAUCUCAUCUAGAGUCUCGACUCAACAGAUUGCCAAACACGAAGACCAGACGCGCUCAACCAGGCUUACGAACUGUUUGUCGCUUUUGAUGAGGCACGCUGACAAAAUGGAACCAGCACGGCGCAGGGAUUUGCAGGUCCUCCGACAUGCGACCCGGCCGCCUCUGGGCGAUGCCAGCAAGCAGAUCCGACUGCUGAAGAUCGACCCUGGAGGAUUUGACGACGAAAUUAGAUGCACAAUCACCACCUGCGCGCUUGGCGAAGUUUCAGAGUUCAACGCGAUAUCGUACACAUGGGGACCGGAGCAGCCCCAGCGCGACAUCUUCAUCAACGGCCUGCGCUUUCCUGUGCGGCAUAACUGCCACUAUGCGCUCCAACAAGCACGUCAAUAUCAAAGCUCGGUACCGAUAUGGAUCGACUCGGUGUGUAUCGACCAGAACAAUCUACACGAGAAAGGUGCCCAGGUCGGAAUCAUGGGCGACGUCUACGCGCGGGCUGCUACAGUGCUUGCCUGUAUCGGUCAGGACGACGAGGCCAGCGAUUUCAUUGAGGCCGUGCUCGAAGAAAUGCAGACACACUCCGGUGACAAUUUGUGGUCCCACGAGCUGGAUCAAGACGAGUUGUUUGCCGCUUUUUGGCAAUCCUGCGAUGCAGCUAAGCGAUCAGAGCUGCGCAAAAGACGAACCGAGUUUUGCGAUAGGCCAUACUUCCACCGAGUAUGGGUUGUUCAAGAGCUCUUCGAAGGGCGAGGUCGGAUAGUGGUCUUGUGUGGACGCUUUUCAUUGCCUUGGGAUCGGCUCUAUCUUUAUGAUCAGCUACUGGCCUUCGCCGAGGAUACAGCGAGCAGCUGGUCAAAACUCAACCUUUUGACCCUUCCAUUGCCUGUCAACCUCGGAGGCUUUGGUUUCAUCAAUGGCAUCUCAUCACAGCUGCUCUGCGAAGAUCCAAGAGAUCGGAUAUACGGAAUGCUCAGACUGAUCAAUUAUGAGACUCACGGAGUUCCGCAGAUUGUUCCGGAUUACAACUUAUCGAGGCUUCAAUUGGCAUCGAAGUUGAUCCAUGACGGCCACUUCAGCUACAUAGUCAGCUUGAAGGCCCUCAUACAAGCUCUGGAACUAACAGACAAAGAUAUCGCGAGUAGCUGUCACUUAAUCACUGCGAUACAAGACGAAACUCGUGACUGGCUUUCGGAUAUCCGCAAUGCUUUCGUCAUCCAGUCACACGACGAUGGACAGCUUUACACAGAGGCGUUACGAGCGAGCUCGACUAUACAAUCAAGUCUGGGAGUAUCCUUCCACGGAUACGAGCCAUCAAAGAUAUAUGGCCCCGCCGGCAUUGUUGCUCUGGCCUGCCCGGGCACUAUGGCAGGUGAUAUACUUCUCGAGACGGAAUUCUUCGACGCGAUAGUCCGCCCCCACAAGACCUUACAUGAGUACCGAGUUGUCGGUCAAGCCGCCAUCUUCAGGGACAGUGUGUCGAUAAGUCCAAGCUUCGAGUGUUCCUGCUGGCGGGAGAACAGCGGAUACGACUACAGUUCUGCCGAUGUCAUGAUAUCCUUCCAAGCCGGCGUUCAAGAGGCACUCUCCCAGGCCAUUUUGCUAAAGUCGGCAAGCGCAGCACUCUCUGCAACCACUUCAUCAAAAGAAGGGUUCAAGGAAGACCUCGGACGAUUUCGAAUGGCGCGCAUACCCGUGCCGGGUUCUAUCCUGCGGGAUGUCACAAUCGAGCAGAGAUUCACGAGAGAACCAAACUCGUACAAAAUUCGGGAAUGGAGAUCCGGCUGCCCAAGACAUAAGAAAGAAUCCAAGACUUACCAUGAGGCAGCAAGGCGAGGGCCACUUUCAUUUCUCGCUGCAUCCAAUGGGGGGCAAAGUGUGGUCUUCAUUAGAAUUGGCACGUAGGGAAUAACCUGUUCCAGCUCGUCACAGCAGCAGCUUUUCCUGAAUGUGAUUGCGAUAGUUUUGGGUUGCUUGUAAUGCAGAAUUGGCCCUCUGAUCUAGAACCGGUACAAUAGAAGCAUGCCCCUUAACACCCGUUGGGCGAUUGA